ACGUUCGGAUGGCGCGUAGCGGGUCGUGAAACUACCGAAGUUUAAACAGUGGCGGUGUUUGUCGUUGCUUGCCGUGUUUCUACCCUCACGGUGCCAGUGCAGUGCAGCUCAGUUGAAGGUGCCAUGAGAACUCUAUGAGAAAACAUGCAACCGAUACAAACGGAAAAAUUUUGCGUUUUGUUGUCAAGGUGGCAGCGCCCACGAAACUCCAAUCAGGGUAGUUUGUUAACGCUGAGCCGCUGAAAAGAAGUCGCGUCAGAAUGCUCGCACCGUCACUGUGUGCUGGAUUUCCUCGUAAGUCGCCCUUCUUAUCCUAGACUCUCGUCCACCCUACGUUUAUAGUUCACGCUUCGAAGAGCUGCUAUUGGAUGACGAACCUACCCUAAGAAGCACAUGCAACCGAACUGAUGUGCCGCAACACAACCUCCAACGGGAAAAAGAACGAGCUGUUCAGUGGAUCGCGACGGUGAAAACAAGGAACUUCAAGUCUUCGAGAGCCACUGUUCUCUGCUCGAAGCAGUUUCGUGAUAGUAACUACCAUCGGUGUUUAUCGUUCAUGCGUGUGAUGGGAAGUCCGAUAAAGUCUGCUCAAUUAAGGGCUGCCGUGGCGCCAUCGAUCUUCGUUAAUGAACAGAAUGCAUCGGAGGCACCGAAAGCACAUUUGUGGAAGAGGCCAAAUUAUCGGAUUGUUCCAUGGUUGCUCUCUGGAGGCACAGUCAUUCUACACACGUCAAAACCAAGUCAUAGUACAGAAAGAGAUCAAGAUGCCUAUGCAGCAGAGCCAAUACCUAAAGUAGCACUAGGUGUGGUUUGUGAUUGGGGAGAAGCUGUGGAAACAUCACUAGAGCCAGCGUGUGACAGGAAUGAUGGUACAGAGAAAUCUGUUCAAGUGCAGCUACUUAUGUGCCACGAAGGAUCCCAAGCGGAUGAAAAGAAUAUUCAAUCAUCAACUGCUAUGCAAACAGAACCAUACGCUGUUUCUUCAGGCUCCUUGUCCUGUGCAUCCUCGGAACAGUCUUAUUUACUGUCGUCUGUACGAGGCCGACUUCAUUCCUGCCAGCAGUGCACCUAUGUGACCCUGGACAAGUCAACUAUGAUUAGACACCGUCAGAAACACACGGGCGAGCCUCCCUUCCAGUGCCACUUUUGUCCAGCUGCAUUCCUUCACAACUCCAAGCUGGCGGUGCACGUGCGCACUCACACGGGACAGCGGCCUUUCUCCUGUGUUCACUGCAGUGCAUCAUUUGUGAUGAAAAACACCCUCGUUAGACACAUCCGCACACACACAGGAGAGCGGCCUUUUUCGUGUGCCCGCUGCAGUGCAUCCUUUUCGCGGAAAGGCCACUUCAUUGAGCACAUCCGCACACACACAGGAGAGCGGUCCUUCUCCUGUAUUCACUGCCAUGCAUCCUUUAUGAAAAAAGGACAUUUUAUCGCGCAUAUGCACACUCACACGGGAAAGCGUCCCUUCUCCUGUGCCCACUGCGAUGCGUCCUUUAUGCGGAAAAGUAACCUGGUGAGACAUGUCCGCAUGCACACCGGAGAACAGCCCUAUUCCUGCGUCCACUGCAAUGCUACCUUUUCUGCAAAAACCACUCUAAUUCGGCGCGUGCGCACUCAUACAGGAGAGCGUCCCUACUGCUGUGUCCACUGCAAUGCAUCCUUUUCUUUGAAGAACAGUCUAAAUCGGCACAUGCCAACUCACACAGGGGAGAGUUCUUACUUCUGUGGCCACUGCAAUGCAUACUUUGUGAAGAAAAGCCACCUUAUGAGACACAUCCGUAUGCACACAGGAGAGAAGCCCUUUUCCUGUGUCCACUGUAAUGCAUCCUUUUCUAUGAAAGGCAACCUAAAUCAGCAUAUGCAUACUCACCAAGGGGAGCGCUCCUUCUCUUCUCUGCACCACAAUGCCUUCUUUCUAUGGAAAGGGAACGCUUUGCAACACAUCCGCAUGCAUACUCGUUAGAGGCCCUUUUCUUGUCUUUAUUACUAUGAGUACAAACCUUGUUAUAACAAAGUCAAAGGGAGAAUCUUAAUUACUUCGUUAUAACCACUAGUUUGUUAUAGCAAAUAUUCAUUUCUAUCGGCAAUUAGCUAGCAAGAUAGAAUGUACUCACCGCCGAAUGUGACCGCCGCGCAAAGAAACACGGCCAUCGGAAGGCAAAAGACUAGCAAAAUAAUAAAGAACGCACUUUAUUUUCGCCAAACACAGGACACCAGCUGGCAGAUAACUUUGCAGAAAAAUAGUCCUUAAUAGACUUAUGUCGACUCUUCCUCACGUGGAUUACUGCUUUUUCAGCAGCAGUAGCUAUUUCGAGUUCGUCCUUGCCGUCAUUGUAAGCACCUAAAGAAGCGGAGCAGCAGGUCAGUCGCAUCCAGCGCUUGCACGGGCGUUGGUACGUCAUGUUUACCAACGUUAUGCUCCGGGGUGUCGACUCUUUAGUCACUGUCGUCAUGCACCCCCGUCACCACACAUACAAUUUUCGCAUCCGACAACUCUUCGGUUGUCACUUCUUCAGCAUCGGCACUGAUGUACCUGAAGAGAGUGUCGCAGUCAGGCACAACGCCGCCUUCAAGGGGAGGGUCCUACGACGUCUGGGCCUGGUCGCCCGCGGUAGCCUCACUGUUGGCAUUGCUGAAAUCUUUGCUAGACUCUCCGUUGCUGUCGCCAAAUGGGGCAUGCCGAAAGCAGUUGGCGAUCAUGCUUGCCAUUACGGCCAUCUGAGCAGCUUGCAACAUUUCGAUUGCCAUGUACAGGUCGAUCGUUGUUUCGCGCUAACUCAUAUUGAAAUAUAUUUGAUCGAUGACAUGCUAACAAUAGCCUGACUUGAAGUUCAUCAACCCUUUGUUGUGAAGGGUUGCAUAACCGCAGUAGUGUUAGGCGGCAAAAAGCACAGCUCAGUGUUUUUAAGCACAAUGGUGGUGUGGUGGACCGCGCAGUUAUCCAGGAUGAGACAUAUCUUGUGGUUGUGCUUGACCAGCCGUUCGUCUCACUUGCGCAACAUUGUGCUAAGAUUUUUCUUGUCAUUUAGGCCUUGCGGUUGGAGGCAUAACUCACUUGAAGUUUCUGCUUUUUUUUUGAAGCAUCAUGUCGAUGCACUUUUGCAAAUCAAGAGGACCGACACUUUUUCGAACCCGUUCAUAUUCGCUCAUAGUAGCACGGUCACACAAUCCUGCUGUGUUCACCGCCCUGGCAGUGAUCACCUUUGAGAGCCAAGUUAUUUUGCGGCAACAUCUGAUAAAACAGGGUAGUCUCAUCUGCGUGGAGCAGAUCCUUGGGGCUGUAUUUCUUGAGCAGCUGCAUAAUAUUCUUUUUGAUCCAUGCCACUGCAGCUUCGUGGUCGACAGAUAGGGAUUCCCCGCUGACAGCCCUGCCGACGACGUCGUGGUGCUCCUUGAAGCGCUGCAGCCAGCCAUCACUAGCCACAAAAUCAUCGUGCUCCAUGAUGCACACCAAGUUUCUUGCCUUCUGUUGCAGAAGUGCCUUAUUCACAAGAGUGCCGCUUGCUCUGAUUUCUAAAUAUCAAUUGAUUCUAAACUGAUUUCUAAAAAUCAACUGCCUUCUUGGCAGCUUUGAAAGCGGGGGCUUUGAAAGAGGGUCCAUUUUCCUGUGUGCACUGCAAUGUAUCCUUCUCAAUGAAAAGGGAUUUAAUGAAGAACAUCCCCACUCACACAGAAGAGCCUCCCUUCUGCUUUCAUUGCAGUGUACUCUAUUCAGUGAGGGGCCACCUCAUUGAGCAGAUGCGCACCAAUUCAGGAGAGCAGCUUUUUUUCUUGUGUUUUCUGCAACUGACCCUUUUGGAUAGAAGGCCACCUGAUUGAGCACAUGCGUAUUCGCACAGGACAGUGGCCCUUGUGUGCCAUAAUAGAACUUUCAGUUGGAAACACAGCCGCGUGAGACAUUGUCAUGAGUAGGAGCCCCUCGGAGACAUAAAGACGACGACAAAGUUCAGAGAAAAUUGGAAAUGGCGCUAGCACGCACACUGUACCGCGAGGCCCAAAGCGCGUGAUCCGAGCUGCGAUCGGCGCGCAAGCAACGACAAGCUGGCAUGGUCCACGUGGGCUUGCAAGGAGAUGGUCGCAUCGCCAGCAAGCGCACUGGCGAUGGAAGCGGCAGGACAUUGACUCGGCAAUUUGUGACGCGGGUGUUUCAAGAAAUAGGCUUAGACCUCGACCUGCUUCAAGGGAAGCCGCUUGGGAUGCAGCAGCCGUGCACUGCAAGCACCAACGUUCUUAGCGCAAGCCCUUUUGAAUAAAGCCAUCGAAGACAGUUGCGUGAUGGCCACCUCAGCGUGCAGACCGGGUAUGCCUGCUGCCACUAGGCGUAAGCUUGGAGGGCUCUGCCACGUUAGCAACAACAUCAGGCGACGACGAGUCGGAAGCGGCAGAAACGGCAACAUCCAUCAAGACGGUCAAGACAGGGAGCCGACACGAUCGAUCGAGACAUUGAUGAGCUGCAUGUCAGUUGCGACAAGUAAGGUGAUGAGAAGCAUCAUGUGAAGCACUGAGGCUGUAGAAGAAUUUGACGAUGUUUAGGACAGUUUAGUUUGUAAAGGGAUCUUUUUUGUGGAUUUAGUGUAGGGUUAAUUCUAUUUUAUUUUGUACACUUUCUUUUUUAUUUUUUUAUGCACCAUGAGUGUUUAUUAAAUGGGUUUUUCGAUAA